AUGGGCAACUGCAUGUCAAACCCGAGCCAGGAGAACAGCGGACCGGGGAGUGAUCGUUCCCGCGAGAUCGACAAGCAGCUCAGAGAGGAGGAACGGCGCAUGGCCCGCGAGGUCAAGCUCCUGCUUCUUGGCGCUGGCGCCAGUGGAAAGAGCACGGUUCUCAAACAGAUGCGAUACAUCCACUCGCGACCAUUCUCGGUCGAAGAGGUCGAGGACUACCGCAAGAUUGUCUUUUCCAACAUUGUCGGUGGCAUGCGUGCCAUUAUCGACGUGAUGGACGCCGAGGACAUGGCAGUGGCGCCGGAGAACAGGGUGUACAUUGCGUUGGUCGACAAUGAGAUCGCCAUCAACACCGGCGACGCGUUCCCGAUGCACUACUACCGGGCACUGAAAGCACUGUGGACCGACCCAAACGUGCAAGUGUGCUGGUCUCAGGCGUACCGGUUUGCUCUGCAGGAGAACAUCCCUUAUUUCUAUUCCGACCUGGAACGCUUAUUCCGGCCCGACUACACACCUAGCCGCGACGACAUCCUCCGUGUCCGCACCAAAACCACAGGCAUCAGCGAGACCCGCUUUGAGAUCCGUGACAUGGUGUUCCGUCUCUUUGACGUCGGCGGCCAGCGCAGUGAGCGGAGAAAAUGGGCAUCAUGUUUCGAAAACGUCACCAGCAUCAUAUUUCUCGCCUCGCUGAGCGACUACAACUCGUGCAUCAUCGAGGACGCCGAGUCGAACGGAAUGCUCGAAGCCUUGAUCCUCUGGGAAUCCAUUCUCAACAGCCACUGGUUCUACAAGUCAUCACUGAUCCUGUUCCUCAACAAGGCUGACCUCCUGCGGGAGAAGCUCAAGAGCGAGACACAGCAGGUGGUCACGAGCUUCCCAGACUUUGACGGCGCGCCGUUCAACUUCAACGACGCCAUCGAGUUCUUCAAGUUCAAGUUCCGUUCAGUGAACCGCAACCCAAACAGGGAGGUUUACGUGCAUGUUACCACUGCGACAGACAGCGCCCAGCUCAAAGUAGUCAUGGCUGCGGUCACUGACACUAUUGUGCGCAACUCUCUGCGCGACAUGGCGAUCCUGUAG